AUGCUGACGCUCUGCCUAUUCGCAGCGCAGGCGAGCACUCCGGCGGACGCGCCCGCGCCGUCUGAGGCUGGCGCCGCGAUGACGGAAAGCGAGCGAGUCGACGCCAGCCUUGCGAGCGACCUCAAGUCAGGCCUGCAGAAGCAGCGGCUGCGAGGGCUCGAUGAGCACGGCGACAGCAUCACCAUCAUGGCGGUCGGCGAGGCCGGUGUCGGCAAGACGACGCUGUUCUCCAACCUCUUCCUCCGCGACCUUUCCGGCCCGCCCGGGCCGACGCUUGCCAUCCUCGAGCAGACCGUCCACUUCGACCUGGACGGCGUGCCCUUCAGCGCCAAGCUGGUCGACACGCCCGGCUACGGCGACCUGCUCGACCUCCGCCGCACCUUCGCCCUCGCCACCAACUAUUUGGACGCGUGCUUUGCGCGCUCCCUCGCGCAGGAGCGCGCCAUCCGGAGGAGCGCCACCGAGGCGUCGACGCAGAACCUGGGCGUCGACGUGAUCCUGUACUUCUUCGCGCCGCACCGCGCCAAGGCCAUCGACUACGCCUUCUUGCGCCGGCUGCAGGGACGGGCGCCCAUCGUGCCCGUCCUUGCCAAGGGCGACACCGCACCGUGUGGCGAGGGGGCGUCGCUGACGUGUCGCUGA